GACCUGGGACAUUUAUUUUGACCCUUUUUCAAAAAGUGUCUCGUCUCUCUUGAACCACAACGAACACAGUUUUUCAGGAGAAGCAGCAUCAGCACCAGCUUGGGACCAGGUUUGGACCCAAACCCUUGAUCUGUCUCCAGCGAGGAGCUAAGAGCCUUUAGCCUUUCAGAGACUUCUUCGUUUGUCCGGGAGUGAAUAUCAGCAGGGGGGGGCGGACGCAGGAGUUUGGGUUCCCAAGUAGCGAGAUGUGCUCUCUAAACCGGACCUUGUCUCUGUCUGUGUUCCCCAGGGAGACUGCUGCCGGCCUGGAUGCCACGGUGGACUACGUGAAGUUCUCCAGAGAUCAGUUCAUCCUGGACUGUCCUUCAGAGAAACUCCGCAGAGAGCUGGAGGAGGAGCUGAAGAUGAACUGUGAGGAGCCGAGAAGCCACGCGUGGUACCACGGAGCGAUUCCCAGACAGGUACUGUUGAAGGAUCGCUGCGGCAGCCAACCAGCGAGUCUCAAUCAGAUCCAGGAGAGGCGACGCCCCCUCAAGGCGCACCAAUCAGAGAGCUUCUUACCUCUUGGAUCUAAACCUCAGCCCGACCCGCUCCUCCCCAGCCCCAACCCCAAGUCUCCGGUGUUUCGGACGGGCAGCGAGCCGGCCCUCAGCCCCUCGUUCCCCCGGAGGUCAGCCGAGCCUCUGGCAGGUCAGGCGAUCCGGGGCUCCGACAGCCAGCUGUGUCCCAAACCUCCUCCCAAACCCAGCAAGGUGCCGCUGGCUCGACUCCCUCGCUCGCCCUGCCUCCAGCCGCUGGCCCCCUCGUCCGCCUCCUGUAACCACACAGACCCGUCCUCCUCCGUCUUCACAGCUCCGACUCUGGACUCCACACGCGAGGAGACUCCGUCGUCUGGGUGGAGGAGUGGAGCUCCUCCUGCUCCUCCUGCGAAGCCUCAGAAGUUUCCUCACAGCUCCUCCACUUCUCUGCUUUCACCUCCUGAACGGCUUCAGCCGAGCCCCUCGGACCUGAGGUCCUGCAGCUCGCCGGAGUGGGGGGAGCCGAUCUCUCCAGACUCCAUCACAGACGAAGGCCUCGACCUCCAGCCGCCGCUCUGCAGCUACGUGGACAGACUGAGGAGGGAAGGAGACGGCGAGGAGGAGGAGGCGGGAGGACGGAGAGGCCUGGACAGAAGCUCCUACCAUCACGCCAUCGCAGCCUUAGAGAACACCAGUGAGGAAGAGGAGGAGGAUGCAGGGAGGGAGGAGGAAGGAGAGGAGAAGAGGAGGAGGAGCGGCUUCCAGCGGCCGGUCGAGGAGACGGAGUCGAUGUUCAGACCGGCAGAGUUCGGAUCUCGACUCCUGCCGCCGGAGAACAAACCUCUGGAGAUGGUGGUGCUGAAGAGAGCGAAGGAGCUGCUGCUCAGCCACAAUCACCACAGCAUCGCCAGACACCUGCUGAUGGCCGACUGUCAGGUUGCUAGGAUACUGGGAGUGACUCCAGAGCUCAAAGGUCAGAUGGGCGUGUCCUCCGGUCUGGAGCUGGUGACGCUGCCGCACGGUCGACAGCUGAGGCUGGACCUCAUGGAAAGACACCACACCAUGGCGAUAGGCGUCGCCGUGGAUAUUCUGGGAUGUACGGGCAGCGUGGAUGAGCGGGCGUCCACGUUAAAUCGCAUCAUCCUCGUCGCGUUGGAGCUGAAGGACACGGUGGGCGACCUGUUCGCUUUCACUGCCCUGAUGAAAGCUCUGGACCUGCCGCAGAUCAGCCGACUGGAGGAGACAUGGACGACUCUACGACGGAACUACACGCAGACGGCCAUCAGCUACGAGAAGACUCUCAAACCUUUCUACAAGAACCUGUACGAGGGCACAGCCUCCUCUCCCCCCGGGGUCUGCGUCCCCCUCCUGCUGCCGCUCCUCACUCUGAUGGAGCGUCCGUCAAUCACGCCUGAGGGGGCGGAGCUGUGGGAGACCAGCGACCAGGGCUGCGACAUCAUGCUGCGCCACCUGGAGGCCGCACGCAGCGUCGCGCACAGCGCACAGAGCUACACAGCCAACGCACAGAAACUGUUACAAGGGUUUCAGACUGACGAAGACCUGCUGGAGGUCUUCAAAACAGACUUCCAGCUGCGGCUGCUGUGGGGAAGCCGCGGAGCUUCGGUCAACCAAUCGGAUCGCUACAGCAAAUUCAACCUCAUCCUCACUGCGUUGUCACGGAAACUGGAGCCCCCACCCAAAACUCAAACCUUAAUCUGACUCAGGCCGGACUUCAGGGGCAUCGGGGCCGAGCUGCGACGAAGGGAAGACAAAAUAAAGCAUCAAGUUAGAAGGUGAUCGGAGAGCGACGUGAGGCGGAAUCAAACGUACAACGCUCAGCAGCUGCUGGACUCAACACUGAGGAACCGAAAAACUGAUGCAAUGAGAGAAAGAAGCUCUUAUUCCUCCACUUUAAAACACGUUGUGUUCGUUGAGUCGUCUCACGGACCUGUGACACGCUCCGGCAAAACAUGUAAAACUGUUCCAAAGCUCAAAGUCUCCUGGUUCCAUCUCCACAAAUCAUAUCACAGCUUCUGAAACGAGACUCGGGCCUGAGGUCUCUUCCACAGUAAAGGUGCCACAAGCCUUAUAAAAGAAUAUAAUAUACAUGUUUCUUUUUUUUUUCUCAGACUCACUCGUAGUUUAAAAGUUAAAGUAAAUACACUUUAAUAUUUCAUAGUUCUGUUUGUUUUUCAGUUCGUUAGCGUAUCUAACUAUAAAACUAACGAUCGGAAACUUCACAUCUGGAAACUUCACAUCCGGAAACUUUAUUUAACUCUGGAGUAACUGAUCCGUUUGUUGCUGGUUUAACAAGCGAGAGAAAAAGGUGAUAACACGGAGCAAUGAUGUUUCCUGAGACGAUUUUAAGAACUACGAUCUUCUGGAACAUUUACACGGGAGCAGAAAGUCAGAUACUUUACAAAUAAUUAAAAAAAAUCCAAACUUCUCUGUUCACGUGAAGAUUUAACUUCACGUGUUUUAAUUCUCACUGGAUUCUAACUAAUGUUACACACAAAUGAAAGAACAAGACUUUGUGCCCAGGAGCAGAUUAUAAAACACCUGAACAUGAGACUGAAGCUGUAAAUAUCCGAAGCAUUAGCUUGUUAAUAACUGACUGUACAUAUUUUCUGUAGAACACUGUAAAAAAUAAGAUGCUGAUGAAUUCUAAUGUUUAUAUUAUUAUGAACUACGGUGGAUAAGAUUGAAUAAAUAAGGACGAAUGAACUGUGGAGGUGAAAUCAUUGUUUCACACUGAUUGUCUGGUUGAAGAAUAAGAAUUUAAAGCUUUGUGCUUUAUUUGUUUUGUUUACAUGAACGAGAAUAUUGUGAUUUUAAUUAUUUAAACUUGCUCUCUAACAUUUAAAUAGGAAUAUGAAUAUUAGGGAUAUUUUCAUUGCAACGUACUUUAUGAAUUGAACUUGACAUAAAAGUAAAGAAGGUGUAAGAAAGUUUAGUUUAGAAGCAAAACGCCAUUAGUGUCCAAA